UAAUGCAACGAUUAAUUAGUCCAGAGGUAUAGUGUUUCAAUUCACGGUUAUCCAGCAUAAGAAGUGUGGCGUUAUUGACAUGUGAUUGUGGCUGUGCAUCCACUUCCUUCCCGGAGUAAUUGAUCCACGAUAUUCAUGUUCUCCCACCACGCCCGGCAUUCAUCAGCAUCACGCACUAAACCUCAUAUAUGUCCUGUUAUGUCCAACACUGCAUCUACCACUGUCUGCCUACACUCGCGACUCGUCCCUACUUGAUCCUGGCCCAUCGCACUAUGUCCAAGGCACACUCGCCGGCCCUCGCGCAAGGCUGCUUCCCCUCACUAUGACUACGAUGUUUGCCUCGAUGCCAUGGCGGUCAACGAGAGAGCGCCCUACGAGCACCAGGCUGACAGCAUCCCCGUCUGAGGCUCCAGAUAAAGGCUUACAUGAGGCCCUGGACCUGCGUGAUCUUAACAAUGCUUUGAAAGCUCUGGUGGACAUCUUCCCAGACGUGCAGCCAGAGGUAUUUCGUGAAAUGCUCAUGGCUUUUGGCGAUGAGAGCCGACUCCAAGUCGUUACUGAGGCCAUGCUGAAGAAUAAAUCAAAGUUCGUGGCGGGCCGAUGGAGGUCAUCGAUCAAUGGUGAAGACGAGCAGAAGGAAGAAGGAACACCUAGCCGAAAAUAUAAGUACAAGAGCACGAGCGCAAAGGGUACGAGAGAAGCACCUUUGGUGUUGGAAGACCAGUUUAGAAGUAAAAGCUAUCGUGAUGCUGUCAAGGCGCAGCUCUAUCAAGAGUUCAAGAACCUAAGCCGUUCAACCAUCAAUGCGGUGCUGGCCGAGCACAAUUAUUCCUAUACUCACUCGCGUCCAACACUGUUAGGGCUGAACACCCAAUCUUGGCGAUAUUCACUCACCAAACUCUUCACUCGGAAGAAAUCGCCGGGUGUUGAGGAUCAUCCACUGUUAGAGUGGCACCGGGAGAGCAGAGCUGGCGGUCCAACGACACCUCGUUUGAUAUCGACAAACAACUUCGAACUGGACAAGGAACUGUACGAGCAACUGAUCGAGCCUAUCAUCGCAACACAAAUGGCAGAACAAGUAGCGAACGACCACGAGUUGGCCGAAAAGCUGAAUGAAGAGCAAGCCGAAGAACUUGGAGAGAUGUACGACUGCGAAUGCUGCUUUACAUCUUCUACGAUAGAGCAGCUCAGUGCAUGUAAUGAAGACGGCCAUUUCAUAUGCUUUCGAUGCAUACGACACACUGUGGACGAAGCGCUGUAUGGACAAGGUUGGUCGCGGAGCAUUGAUAUUGAAAAUAGCAGCCUGAGAUGCAUGGCUGUGAGCAACGCAGAAUGCCGCGGUCGCUUGACAUCGCAGUCCCUCGAAAUUGCUCUUCGUUCAUCGGGCAAAGAGGGGACCGACUCCCUGCGGAAGCUUAAUGAGCGCUUCACCACCGAAGCUCUGAUCAAGUCCCAGAUACCGCUGAUACAAUGCCCAUUCUGUCCAUACGCCGAAGUCGACACAAUCGCUCUCUCAAAGCCACCAUUAGCCCUCUCACUUCGACCUCAGCCGGUGAUAGUUUCAAUCUCCCUUUUCGGCCUUGCGAAUCUUCUCUCCACUAUACUACGUUUCGUCUUUCUCUUCAUAUUCUUUUUUGUCAACCUCAACUACCUCCUCCUCCCGACCCCACUCCCGUUAUUGUCUCCGGUCACCGCUUCACUCACUCGCAUUGCCCGUAGACGACAUGGUCUCCGCUUUACCUGCGGAUCGCGUGCCUGCGCUCGCUCUUCGUGCCUCUCCUGCAGCGCCGAAUGGCCACCGAACACACUCCACACCUGUCACUCGUCGGCUCUUACAUCCCUCCGCACCACUGUCGAGCGCGCCAUGGCCGACGCCGUCAAGCGUACAUGCCCGCAAUGCCAUACGAACUUUGUCAAGGAAUCAGGCUGCAACAAGAUGCGCUGUACGUGCGGAUAUACGAUGUGCUACGUCUGCCGCGAUAAAAUCGGAACAGAGGGCUAUGCACACUUCUGUCAGCACUUCCGGCGCACACCAGGGGCCAACUGUGUGCAGUGCGAUCGGUGUGACUUGUAUCGGACGGAAGACGAGGAAGCUCUGAGGAAGCGGGCGGGAGAAGAAGCGGAGAAGAACUGGAGAGAGAACAAUGCACUGGUCGAAGAUGACAUCGCCCGGCAGGGGCUCGCUCAGCUGAGGGGUGGAGGACAGAUGGUGCUGCGAAGGGCGGCCCUUGAGAGCUUGUUGGACCGUUUCCUGGAUGCGGUCAUUGCUUAAUGAAUCUCUUUAUGUGGCUUCGUUGGUUGUGCAUUAUUAGUAGCGUCGGAGUUCAGUGUGUGUGGUUUGGUGUUGAUACCCAUGUAUUGUUCUCGAGAUUAUGACUGAAUUCUUACUUAUCACAUCCACAUGGAUCUGGCCCACUAGACAUGUGCUUCUGCCCCGCAUUAUCAGCUCCAGCUUCCCCUCGUUGAGGUUCGUAUAUUUCAGAGGCACGUAUGCAACACUGACCGAAC